AUGACAAAAGGCUUGUCUGAAUCAAACACGAAUCAACAUGAUCAAAUUCGUCAAUUAUGGCUAACAGCCGAUUGUGUUUGUUUCGAUGUUGACUCAACAGUGUGUGUGGAUGAAGCUAUAGAUGAACUAGCGAAAUUUCAACAAGUUGGUGCUUUAGUCGAAGCCAUUACACGAAAUGCUAUGGGUGGAAAUAUGAGUUUUCGUACCGCAUUACAAGCACGUCUCAAUUUGAUCCAACCAACACGUCAACGCUUAGAACAGUUUGUUACAAAUCAUCCAUCAGAAUUAACCGAUGGUAUCGCUGAAUUGAUUGCUUUAUUACAUGAGCGAAACAUUCCGGUGUAUUUAAUAACAGGUGGUUUUCAUUCAAUUGUUGAUCCAGUAGCAAAAUCAUUAAAUAUCCCACUGACAAAUGUCUUUGCCAAUCAAUUGUUGUUCAAUGAAGAUGGAUCUUAUGCUGGUUUCGAUGAAGAAGAAAUGACGUCGGAUUCCGGUGGUAAAGGUCGUGCUAUAGAAUAUUUGAAAGCGAAGUUUGGCUACCAACGGUUAAUUAUGAUCGGUGACGGUGCAACCGAUAUGGAAGCCAACGCUGACGGCUUUAUCGGCUUUGGCGGCAAUGUUGUACGAGAAUUAGUUCGAGAUAAUGCUCCAUGGUUUGUCAAUUCCUUUUAUGUACUUACGGAUGAACUUAGAAAUAAUCUCAUCAGCACAGUCCCACAUCGUCGGUCUUUUCACGAACGCAAAUAUUCGACGGAAAUAGAAGCAAAUUAA